AUGUUGGGUCGCUUGGGAAAGAAACACGUAGAAAUAGCAGCGUCCUUCGCUACAUCGGCCGUCGGGUUUGGAGGCGCGGCUUUCACUGGUCUCCUCUACUUCACGGAUUGGAAGCUGUUCUGCGCCAACAUCCCAUUUUAUGGAGGAAAAUUCAAAGACGAAGAAGAGAAGUAA